AUGGUGGACCAUGGGAAGGAAACCACUCUUCAAUUUGCACCAUUGCAGAGUGCCGUGGAUGAGGGUUUUUGGCAUAGGUUGUCUUCAUUGAAGCUCAACAAGCUAGGACUCGAUGAGUCUCCAAUUCCAAUAACUGGUUAUUUUGCACCAUGCUCACAUCAUCAAGUGUCAAAUCAUUUAACUCUUCUUGCCGAAUCUUUACCUACUGAAUCAAGUGAACAAUCAUCGGUGCCAGAACCAAGCCGUGGGAAUAGGAAUAGGUGUUCUGUUCCUGGCAUUCUCUACAAUACAAAUACAUAUGAAGGCUUCCAAGCUCUUGACAAGCAGAGCUUACUUGAGGCAGAAGCGGAGAAGAUCUGGGAGGACAUUCAUUCUGGAAAAGCUGAGGAGGAUAGCAGAAUUCUUUUAAGAUUCAUUUUUAUUUCAUUUGCAGACUUAAAGAAAUGGAGCUUUCGUUACUGGUUUGCUUUCCCUGCUCUAAUGCUUGAUCCUCCUGCAACCUUGGCUACUUUGAAGCCAGCUUCCCACUCGUUUAGCUUAGAAGAGGCUGAGUCCCUAGCAGCUGCUUGUAACGAGUGGCGUAACUUGUCCUCAACAACAGAUAUUCCAUUCUUCCUGGUUUCUAUUGAUUCGAACUCAAUUGCUACGGUUAGGCAUCUGAUUGACUUUGAAGAUUGCCGAAGUAAUGGUCAUAAGGUUCUGUUUGGGUUUUAUGACCCUUGUCAUCUUCCAAAUAAUCCCGGUUGGCCUCUUCGAAACUUUCUAUUAUAUAUUCAUGUAAGAUUGGGACUUGAGAAAGUUCCAUUUUUGUGCUACCGCGAGAACCGUGGUUUUGCGGAUCUUGGACUGUCCUUGGUGGGUGAAGCAUUGAUAUCAAAUUCACAAGGUUGGAAAACCAAUCAUAAAAUGCCAAAUGCUGUGGGUUGGGAAAGUAACAGAGGAAGAAAGGUUCCAAGAUUUAUCAGCCUUGCCAACAAUAUGGAUCCAACUAGGUUGGCCAUAGCAGCUGCAGAUUUGAACUUGAAGCUAAUGAGAUGGCGUGCCUUGCCUUCAUUAAACCUCAAUGUCUUGUCUUCGGCAAGAUGCCUCCUCCUUGGAGCUGGCACACUUGGAUGCCAAGUUGCUCGAAUGCUUAUGGCAUGGGGUGUCAGGAAAAUUACCCUGCUUGAUAGUGGCAAGGUGGCUAUGUCUAAUCCACUACGGCAGUCCCUGUAUACCUUGGACGACUGCUUGAAUGGAGGUGAAUACAAGGUGACUGCAGCAGUGGAGAGUCUUAAACGAAUCUUUCCUGCAGUUGAAGCAGAAGGUGUUGUGAUGGCCAUUCCAAUGCCCGGGCAUCCUGUACCUUGCCAGGAAGAAAAUAGUGUUAUUGAGGAAUGCAGACGACUACUCAGUUUGAUUGAUUCUCAUGAUGCUAUCUUUUUGCUAACUGAUACACGUGAAAGUAGAUGGCUCCCAAGUCUUCUUUGUGCCAGUGCUAACAAGAUCACUAUUACAGCAGCUCUAGGGUUUGACAGCUUCCUAGUUAUGCGUCAUGGAGCUGGUCCUCUGAGCUCUAACCAUGACAAAAAAGCAGAAACUCUGACUGAUUUAUCUGCUCAAAUGGGAACUGUCUCCCUCGACGACAAUGGGACUAGACAAAGAUUGGGUUGCUACUUUUGUAAUGACGUGGUUGCUCCAGUUGAUUCAACCACCAAUCGGACCUUGGACCAGCAAUGCACUGUUACUCGUCCAGGGCUUGCUCCUAUUGCAUCAUCACUUGCAGUUGAACUUCUUGUAGGAAUCCUGCAUCAUCCCUCUGGGAUAUUCACCAAAGCUGAAUUUGCGAACUCAACUGAUUCUUCAAGCACUGAGCAGCCUCUUGGUAUCUUGCCCCAUCAGAUUCGAGGCUCCCUCUCUCAAUUUUCUCAGAUGACACUUGUGGGUCAUGCCUCGACUAGUUGCACAGCAUGUAGCUCCACUGUGGUAUCAGAGUUUCAGAAGAGGGGGAUGGAGUUCAUACUUGAAGCCAUUAACCAUCCUACAUAUCUGGAGGACAUAACUGGAUUAACAGAGCUGAUGAAGUCCGCUGGCACUUUUGACUUAGACUGGGAUAAUGAGGAUGAUGAUGAGUGUGUCGAAAUCUAA